AGGACCGGGCUUGAAUGGAAUCUAUUUUUUUCCCCCUACCGCCAACACUUGAGAGGCUGCACACCGGGGGACUCUGUGGGGAUUUCUAAGUUAAAUGUCACAAUGGAGGCGACCAGUGACCCCACAAAGAUCCUGGAGAAGGGUCCCGAGUACCUUCGAAAGCAAAUGGAGCUGGAGGGGGACACCAGAGGACACAUGAGCGCAGUGGAGAGGCUGGCUGCGAGCAAACCCAAGUAUGUGAAGAGCCAGCAGGUGGUCAACUCCAUCCAGGAGCCUGCGAUCAGCCUGGGGUCAGCCUCGGUGAGCAGCGGGGGGUCGUCCACCCGGAGCUCGAACCGGGGAAGGAAUGUUCUCGCAGUGGGGGGUGCUGGGAAGAGCUGCUCACCGGGGCAGGUACGGCGCACCAGCUCCAAAAAGCGCCCGGACUCUCUCCUGCUCUACCGGCAGAAAUGUGAGCUCCUGGGGGGUGCAGCCAAAGACAGGAAACACCGUAAGCUGCUGGCGAACAACACUGUGAAUAAAAAUGUCCCGUUACUCAAGGAGUGUGAGUCUGAGGGAGAUAAGCAACCGGGCGCUGCCACACCUGAGGAGCGAGCUCAGCCGUGCAGGAGGAGGAGCAGGAGGGUCGAGUCCGGGACAAGGGGGACAGCGGGUCUCCUCACUGUCCCCGAGGCGGAGAGGAGACCCGGCAGGGCCGUGGGUCGAUCCCACUCGGACAUCAGCUCCAGGUACUCCAAGAACUUCGCGGAUUUCGACGCUUUCUUCAUGUACUGCGGCCUGGACGGAGACAUGGUCGAGUCCCUGGGACGGGAGAACUUCUCUGCGCGCUCGGAGGACAUCGCGAUCAAGUUCCGCAGCGUGAGUGUGUCCACCACGGAGGGAGGUUUCUCCAGGAACAGCGGGGACAGCGACGGGCUGCUGCAGGUGGAGCUGCACGACCACAUCCGCCAGGGCACGUCGGUGAUCGAGCGCAACGCACGGAUUAUCAAGUGGCUGUACAGCUGCAAGAACGCCAAAGACACUGGGAAGAAGUUACGAGACCUUAACUGAGAUGUUGCUUUCCUCCUGCAGUGG